ACCGUGAGCUCCCUUCCCUUCUCCACGCCCCUUCUACCUUCUUCUUUUGCUCUGAGCGUGUGUUAGCUAGUGUGUUGCGAUGGAGCACUCUCGGCGAAUGCUUCCAGCUAUCCUCCUGCUCUUGUUCCUUCUCAUGCCCUCUGAGAUGGGGACGAAGGUGGCGGAGGCAAGGACCUGCGAGUCUCAAAGCCACAAGUUCCAGGGCACGUGCUUGAGAGAAAGCAACUGUGCAAACGUGUGCCAGACCGAGGGCUUCCAAGGAGGAGUUUGCCGGGGAGUCCGGCGCCGAUGCUUUUGCACCAGGCUUUGCUAAUGAUCUACACUUCGCACAUAGGAUGGUGAGGGUUAUGUGGUUGCCCGUAGCUUUCAUGCCUCUCAGAAUAAAAUAAGCCUAGUUUUAGGAUGUGUUGCUCUGUUCUAUCCUUUGUGGUAGUCAAGUCCUUAUGGCGUGUUAACUGUGUGUUUGAACAAGUCUAAUUGUGCUUAUGAAUGAUGCUGUUUCGCUUAGUUGAGCUAGCUUGUAUUUUGCUGUUGUCUAAUGUGAGUAUUUGAGUAUAUUAAUCCA